UCCCAUAAAGACCCUUCCACAAGGUUAUUUCUCGACCAGAUCUAGGGUUUUCAGAAAUCAAGAAUCAAGAAAUGGCGUUGGAAUGGGUAGUUCUUGGCUACGCCGCGGCCGCAGAAGCAAUUAUGGUCCUCCUCCUAACCCUACCAGGUCUCGAUGCUCUUCGCAAGGGCCUAAUCGCGGUGACUCGCAACCUCCUCAAACCCUUCCUGUCCGUGGUUCCAUUUUGCCUAUUCUUGCUCAUGGACAUCUACUGGAAGUACGAGACUCGCCCCAGCUGUGAAAGUGAGUCUUGCACCCCCACCGAGCACCUCCGCCACCAGAAGUCCAUCAUGAAGAGUCAGCGCAACGUCCUCUUGAUCGCCGCAGCUUUGAUCUUCUACUGGCUUCUCUACUCGGUUACCAAUUUGGUUGUUCGCAUCGAACAGUUGAAUCAGCGACUCGAGAGGUUGAAAAAUCGGGACUGAGCUCCGCAUCGAGAUAAGUCAAUUUUACAUUGAUCUCAGUUGUCUGACUGAAUGGAUUUGCGUUCCCAUAUUGUUUGACAUCUUGUGUUCCGGAUCUGUAGCUUGUUGGUUUACGUUUGAAUGUUGAGGAUUGUUAUUGUGUUAAUCCAAGAAUACUUUAUGGGUUUUGGAAUUGUCCGUGUGUUUGAUCACUGAUAAUGUGGGUGUUUGGACUUUAUAUUUACAUACCAAUGAAUAUGGAAUCGAAUUUAAAUUUCAUAUC